CAGCCUCCCUCCUCUGGGGGAGCGGGGCUGGGGUGCCUGCCUGCCUGCCUGCAACCCUGCCUGCACCCUGCCAGCUCCAUGGGCAGCCCCAGAGCUCGGUAGGGUCCUGGCUGCGGUGUUGGGGUGCUGGCCAGGCUCCCCGAGACCAGCUCCUCUGGGUAAGGCACGCCGUUAGCUGGGGCGGGGAACCUGUGGUUUACAGCCCAACCGACGCGAGGUUGCUGACAGCCUGCCCAGCCCGUGGGCAGCCCUGACGUAACUCGCCCCGUGCCGCUCCCUUGGGGCCAUGCAGACUGGCAGUGUCUUCCCGCAGCCCGGCAUGCAGCAGCCCCUCGAGCCCCCCGGGCAGCAGCCCCCGGGCAGUGGGGCCAGGAAAGCCCCUGAGGAUUAUGGCAGCGGUGGGACGGGGAGCAUGGAUGGUGAUGUCGCAAGUGGGAACCCCUACGCCGGGCUGGUGAGCCACCUGCGGGCAGCCUGGCUCUCGGGGAAGACGCGGCCCAUGGAGUACCGCGUGGCCCAGCUGGAGGCCCUGGGACGUUUCUUGGAAGAGAAGAAGCAGGACAUCUUGGAGGCCGCUGCCUCGGACAUGGGCAAGCCGCCCUUCGAAGCCGAAUUCUCUGAGAUCAUCCUCUGCAAAAAUGAGCUGCACGAGACCCUGAACAACCUGGGCACCUGGAUGAAGGACGAGCACGUGGACAGGAAUCUGGUGACCCGGCUGGAUUCGGCCUUCAUCCGCAAGGACCCGUACGGGGUGGUGCUCAUUAUCGCGCCAUGGAACUACCCCAUCCACCUCCUGCUGGGGCCCCUCAUCGGGGCCAUCGCUGCCGGUAACUGUGCCAUUAUCAAACCCUCGGAGAUGACCAAGAACACAGAGAGACUUGUGGCUGAAGCUCUGCCCGCCUACCUGGACAAGGACUGCUUUGCUGUGGUGACCGCCGGCGUGGAGGAGACCACCAGACUGCUGGAGAACAAGUUUGACUACAUCUUCUACACUGGCAGCCCCUCCGUGGGGAGGAUCGUGAUGACAGCCGCUGCCAAGCACCUGACACCCGUGACGCUGGAGCUGGGGGGCAAGAACCCCUGCUACGUGUCCGACACCUGCGACGUGCAGAAUGUGGCCCAGCGGGUGGCCUGGGGCCGCUUCUUCAACGUGGGGCAGACCUGCAUCGCGCCCGACUACGUGCUGUGCAGCGUGGAGAUGCGGGAGAAGCUGCUGCCCGCCCUGCGUAAGGCCAUCACUGAUUUUUAUGGCUCCAACCCUCGGGAGUCCCCCGACUUCGGCCGCAUCGUGGGGGACAAGCACUUCCAGCGGGUGCAGAAGCUGCUGCGCAGCGGGCGUGUGGUCAUUGGAGGACAGACGGACGAGAAGGAGCGCUACAUCGCUCCGACGGUGCUGGUGGACUUGCAGCCCUCUGAUCCUAUCAUGCAGGAGGAGAUCUUUGGCCCCAUCUUACCCAUUGUCAUUGUGGCCAACAUGGACGAAGCCAUUGACUUUAUCAACAGCCGUGAGCGGCCGUUGGUUGUGUAUGCCUUCUCCUCCGAUGACAAGGUGGUGAACCAGGUCCUGGAGCGGACAAGCAGCGGUGGCUUCUGCGGCAACGACACCCUGAUGCACGUGACGUUGACCUCGCUGCCCUUCGGUGGGAUCGGAAACAGCGGCCUGGGGAUGUACCACGGCAAGUUCACCUUCGACACCUUCACCCACUGCCGCGGCUGCCUGCACCGUGGCAUGGGCCGCGAGGCCCUCAACGCCCUGCGCUACCCGCCCUACAGCCAGCAGAAGAUGGGCAUCGUCCGGGCCGCCUCCGAGGUGAAGCGCAAGGGCGCCUGCACCCUGCUCUGAGCGUCCCCUGCCGUAACGCCGUCGGUCCCGGUGUCCACGCGCAAUGAAAGUUGUUUCCCCGCAAGCGCCGACCCUGUGUGCUUCCCUCCCUGCCCGCUCCUGCCUGCUCACCCGCUGCCUGCAGGGCAACCCGCCAAUCAGGGCGCGGGAUGGAGCCGCUGGCCAAUAGGAAGGAGACAACUGAGGGAGGGGUGGGACCAGCGGGAGGGCAAACCCUGCCCGUGGUUAUGGUGGGGAGCCCCAGGGCCAUGCUGGGGUUAACCUCCUGCUGCCCACACCCCCCACCCCUAGCUGGGGGGGGGCUCAGCCCCGAGAAGGUCCACACCAAGGUCUUCCUCCCAAAUCCUUGGGCUGGGAUGGCCCCAGCUUUCCCCGCCCCGUGCCCUGCAGUUUGCCCUCCCUUAUCUCGCACGGGCUGGCAUCAGCAGAUCGAAGGGAGACCUUGGAGCCAGGCCUGGCAGCUGAGUCUGGAAGAGGGGGACAGGUAAGGCGCCAUCAGGGAUGGGAAGCCUUCUCCCGUAGAAUUUUGGGGUGUGCUGUCCUCCAGAGCCCCGCCUCUGCUCCAUCCUGGUUGCUUUGGCUCCGUCCUGGUGGGUUUCUGGGCUCCGUAGCUCCAUCCCAAUUGCUCCUCCUCUCCUCCGGCUCCACCCCAAGCUUUGAAAACAGAUAAAGUCGGUAAAAUCCAGCCAACUGUUUCUCAAGAACAAAACUGCGUUGGACAUUCCCUGCUGGGCCAACCCCACUCGCUUGCAAGGGCUGAAGAGAACAGGGGUGGCUUUGUGCACCGGCCGGUCAGCCGCGUUGCCCAGCCCAAACUCUGGAGUUUCACACCACGAUCAGGUCCGGACGGCUCAGAGCCUCCUCUCAGGAUGAAUCCCCACACCGAGCUGGUGAGCUGCCUGCGGGCAGCCUGGCUCUCGGGGAAGACGCGGCCCAUGGAGUACCGCGUGGCCCAGCUGGAGGCCCUGGGACGUUUCUUGGAUGAGAAGAAGCAGGACAUCUUGGAGGCCACCGCCUCGGACAUGGGCAAGGUGAGACCACCACAGCCAGGGCAGUCGGCAGGGAGCGGUUCCCUCUCCAUCACUUGAUAUUUCCUCCCCCCACCCCUCUUUCCUUCAUUUAUAAAAGUGUCUGUGUCUCCACCUGGGUUUUCUUGCUUUUGCUCUCCCGAGCCUCUCCCCAUCCUGCUGUGGGACGGUGGCAAACGGCUGGGUGGGUGCUCGGUUGCUGGCCAGGGUCAGCCCACAGUCAGCCCACUGCACCUGGGGAGCAGUGGCCUUUGGUUUUUUAUAGUUAUCUUCAGCUUAACCUUUGGGGAUGCCCCUGGGGAUGGGGAAGAACCGUACAGCAACUCCCUCUAGCUGCACAGAAAUGGAAGGGACCAGCUCCAGGGAAGCCUUUGCCAACAGCAGCGGGGGCCCUCGUUCCCACCUCCACCUCCAGAGCAGUGUCUGGUGUAGCCAAAG